AUGACUGCAGCCGCUACAGCACACUGCAACUGCACCAGCGCCAUCAAUAUCGCCAUCGACAUGGCAUCGACAACGGCAGCAAGCUACGGCAGGUGGGUGCAUCGGGCGGGGAGCCAGGUGUGGAGGUCAUGGUCAUGUCUCUUCACGGAUUUGGCGACGGCACAUCCAAUGUACCUCGACGCCGUGAGCACGAUCCUCUGUCACCGCAUUCGCACCCAGUCCGCCAAUCUGGCCAGUCAACCAGGCUCGCACUACCAAGCACGCUACGUCCAGUGGCCCCCGUACGUGCCCCAGUACACACAGUACGCACCUGCCGGCAGGUCCUCUGUUCCCUCAGCCGCCGAGUCCACAAUCCUCGCGCCGAUGAUCACACUACGCAGUAAUUUCUGCGGGAUCGCGAAAGUCUAUGAGAAACAAUUCGCGCCUGCCCCUAAAUGA